AUGCUCUUCGACAAAGCUUCGGCUCUUUUGCUGGCCAACUCGGGUCUGUUGCCAUCCAGACAUGUUAUCAACCCCCUUCAAACUGCAAACCUAGGACGCGUGUUCGAUUGGAAGAAUAUGACCGCACACGAAUCACUGGUCUACCACACUUGUUACGGCCGCUUCCAGUGUGCUAAGUUACAAGUUCCUAUGGACUGGACGGCACAAAAAGGAGUGGACAACCGAACUGUCCAGAUAGCUUUGAUCAAACUUCCUGCACCUGUCCCGGUGACUGAUAGCAGAUACGGUGGAGCUGUGGUCCUCAAUCCUGGUGGUCCCGGAGGUCCUGGUGUCGCACAAGUCUACGGUUCCGGCGAAAAACUCCAAGUCCAGAUCAAUGCAGGACCAAAAGCAGACAACGAAACAGCCAAGUUCUUCGAUGUCAUCGGCUUUGACCCUCGCGGUGUUAGCUACACUACACCUACAUUUCACUGCUUUCCCAGCUUUAUCGAGGAAUUGAAUUACGACCACUCGGUCUCCGGUCCGCCUGGCAGCAGCGACACAGCGUUCACCAGUUUCUGGACCAGUGUGCGUACUCUGGCAGAUUCAUGCUCGAAGAGAGCCAUUGAAGCAGGCAUCGGAGAGUACAUGUCUACAACGUCUGUGGCCAGAGAUAUUGUUGAAAUCUUCGAGCGACACGGCGAGUGGAGAGAGCAAGAAGCUCGCAAGCUCCUGUCUUCCUCCGCAAUGCCAGAGAGCGAUCUGCCCGAGCAUGUCAAAUAUCAGCCUGGUCAAGAGAUGGUUCAGUACUGGGGUUUCAGUUACGGCACUGUCCUGGGAGCCACCCUCGCUGACCUCUAUCCCGAUCGUGUGGAGCGAAUGAUCUUGGACGGCGUCGUUGAUUCCUUCGAUUGGUACCGAGGUACAAUGACCACUAGUCUGCAAGACACCGAUUUGGAGCUCGACAAGUUUGCAGAGUACUGUUGGAGGGGUGGACCCGAAAAUUGUGAUCUUUACCACAAGGACGGACCGAACUCCAUCGACCAAAGAUUUUCAGCCAUCACACAAAACCUCAUGCGCAACCCCAUCGGUGUGCCAGGUACAGACAGUUUCUCUCCCGAUUUGGCAACCUAUCGCGAUCUCCAGAGAAUCUUCUUGGGCGCCAGCUACAGGCCCCUUGAAUCAUUUGACCUCCUUGCAACCAUCAUGUCGGAACUUGAGAAUGGCAAUGCUACUGCCCUGGUGGAAGGAAGACGCUUGGUCAGUUCAUCAUUUGGCUCUGGUGUCUCCAAGGAGUGUGACAUAGAUGGACCUUACUCCGAUGCUUGCAAUCCAUACCAUAUGGGCGGUUUGGAUGACAUGAUCCAUGGGGCUAUCCAAUGCAGUGACGCCAGUCCUCAAACCAACAUGACAAUAGAGCAGUAUUGGCGUUACUUUCAGGACACAAAAAAGCAGAGCAAGCUACUGGGAGAUACUGGAGCAAUAGACAGACUGUUUUGCACGCAGUGGCAUGCACGCCCCAAAUGGCCUUACACUGGUGACCUCAAUGCAACAACUGCCCAUCCCAUUCUCUUCAUCGGAAACACAAUCGACAACGUUACGCCCAUACGUAAUGCUUACAAGAUGUCUACAAGUUUUCCCGGCUCCGUCGUGCUACGCCUAGAUGCAGAAGGACACUCUUCUGGUGCCAGCAAAAGCCUCUGCACUGCCAAAGCCGUGAGAACAUACUUCCAAACCGGGAAGCUGCCAAAGGAAGGCGCCGUAUGUCUGCCCAACAGAGUCCCAUUUGACGGGUACAGCAAGGAGAAAAGCCCUCCUUUGCCUGAGGGUGAGACCGAUGAGGAACUGUGGAAGGCUAUUGUUGGUGUCAACUAUCCCAUCCCAGUGAUCCCGGUGUUCUAG